AUGGCAAUUUCCCUCUCCCUCACUCUCCUCCUCUUGGCCGCUCUCGCCGCCGCCGAAUCCCUCUCCCCAUCCCAACCCCCCUCCCCACCUCCCACCGCCGCCGCCGCCGCCGAAUCCCUCUCCCCAUCCCAACCCCCCUCCCCACCUCCCACCGCCGCCGCCGCCGCCGAAUCCCUCUCCCCAUCCCAACCCCCCUCCCCACCUCCCACCGCCGCCGCCGCCGAAUCCCUCUCCCCAUCCCAACCCCCCUCCCCACCUCCCACCGCCGCCGCCGAAUCCCUCUCCCCAUCCCAAUCCCUCUCCCCACCUCCCACCGCCGCCGCAAAUUCCCCCUCUCCGCCGCCAUCUCCGGCGCCGGAGAUCCAAGACAGCCACCUGAAGAACAUCCUGGACGCGCUGGUGGGGACGGGCGACUACGGCGGGUGGGCCAGCCUCCUCUCCUCCGCCAACCCCUCCUCCCUCCCCAUCACCGCCACCCUCUUCGUCCCCUCGAACGCGGCCAUCUCGGGGCUCCUCGCCUCCUCCCCGGCCCGCCUCGACCCGCUCCUCGUCCCGUACCACAUCGUCCCCCAGCGCCUCACCUUCUCCGACCUCCAGGAUCUCCCCAACCGCACCCGCCUCCCCACCCUCCUCCCCUCCAAUUUCAUCGUCGUCACCGACGCUUCUCCGGCGAGGCUCGCCGUCGACGGAUCGGAGAUCACGCAGGGCGACAUCUUCCUCAAUCCGGCCUUCGCGGUGCACGGGGUGGAUAGGGUGCUGAAUUACUCGGUUUUCGGUGGGCCCCUCCAGCCCGAAAGCGAGGGGGCGAGUCUUUUCAGGAGGAAGAGGCUGAGGCCGCUGGGAGUGCCGCCGGCCGCUGCCGCGGUGGGGUCCGGCGGCGCGGGGAGAUCUUGCGGUGGGAUUCAUUUUCUUGUUUUUUGUGUGUUGUUUCUUUGA